GCUGCUCCGGAUCGUCUCGUGUGGCGUCUUGAAAAUCAGGCUGCUUGAAAUCUCUAGCUGCUCGGACAGUUUUGGGAUAGCAGCUCUUCUGUGGGUUCAUUUGGGGUCUUACGAAAACCUGUUAAAGUGCUUGAAAUUUCUCUCCAGCGCUGGAUUAAGUGACUCUUUUUAAAAGGCUUGUCACUUGACUGAUGUCUCUGCUGUCAAAGAAAGUGAAAGAUGAAGCCUCUUGUUCUCUUGGUUCUUGUGAUCUGUACUGUAGUCAGCAUGAAUUUGAAGUUCGUGUCAAAGAGAAAUUCUGGCUAUCUAGAUGUUUGUCACAUGAUCCCCUGAUGAAGGCACAGUUCUCUUUUCUUGGGAGAUGCAUCUGCAGGAGAAAUGCUUUUCACCUCUGCUUUUGUGGAGUAACUGUGAAAGAAGCUCAGAAGAGACCUCUUUCAAUUGAUGGUUGCAUUGACUGGUCAGUGGAUCUCAAGACAUACAUGGCUUUGGCAGGUGAACCAGUCCGAGUGAAAUGUGCCCUUUUCUACAGCUAUAUCAGAACUAAUUAUAGCAUGGCCCAAAGCACAGGUCUUAGGCUUAUGUGGUACAAAAACAAAGGAGAUUUAGAAGAACCCAUUAUAUUUUCUGAAGUUAGGAUGAGCAAGGAUGAAGAUUCAAUAUGGUUUCACUCGGUUGAGUUGCAAGACAGUGGUUUCUACACGUGUGUGCUAAGAAACUCAACCUAUUGCAUGAAGGUGUCCAUGUCCUUGACGGUAGCUGAGAAUGAAUCUGGUCUUUGCUACAACAGCAAGAUCAGAUAUCUGGAAAAAUCAGAAAUCACUAAAAGAAAGACAAUCUCCUGCCCUGAUAUUGAAGAUUACAAAACAGCCAAUCAAGAGCCGGACGUGGUAUGGUACAAGGAAUGUAAGCCAAAAAUGUGGAGAAGCAUUGUAGUUCAGAAGGGAAAUACUCUCUUAAUACAAGAGGUCCAGGAAGAAGAUGGAGGAAAUUAUACCUGUGAACUGAAGUUUGAAGGCAAGCUUAUACGACGAACAACUGAACUGAAGGUUACUGCUUUGCUCACAGACAAACCCCCAAAGCCGUUGUUCCCCAUGGAGAACCAGCCAACUGUUAUAGAUGUCCAGCUGGGCAACCCGCUGACAGUGGCCUGCAAAGCCUUCUUCGGAUUCAGUGGAGAAUCGGGCCCCAUGAUCUACUGGAUGAAAGGGGAAAAAUUCAUUGAAGAAUUAGAAGGUCACAUUAGAGAAGGCGAAGUCAGACUCCUCAGAGAGCACCUUGGAGAAAAGGAAGUGGAGUUGACAUUGAUCUUUGAUGCUGUGGAAGAGGCAGAUCUGGCUAACUAUACGUGCCACGUGGAAAACAGAAACGGACGGAAGCACGCCAGUGUUCUUCUGCGCAAGAAAGAUUUGAUCUACAAAAUAGAGCUUGCUGGAGGAUUGGGAGCCAUCCUUCUUCUGCUUAUUUUGCUUGUGACCAUCUAUAAGUGCUACAACAUAGAGCUGAUGCUGUUCUACCGACAGAACUUUGGAGGAGACGAAGCAGCGGAUGACAACAAGGAAUACGAUGCUUAUCUUUCGUACACCAAAGUGGAUCCUGAUGCUUUAGAUUGUGAUAACAACGACGAGGAGCAGUUUGCGCUUGAAAUUCUGCCUGACGUUCUGGAAAAACACUAUGGAUAUAAGCUCUUCAUUCCGGAUAGGGACCUGAUCCCUAGUGGAACCUACAUUGAAGAUCUCACAAGAUGUGUUGAGCAAAGCAGAAGACUCAUUAUCGUGUUAACUCCAGACUAUGUUCUCAGGAGAGGAUGGAGUAUUUUUGAGAUGGAAAACAGACUCCAUAACAUGCUAGUCAGUGGAGAAAUCAAAGUUAUUUUGAUUGAGUGUACUGAAUUAAAAGGGAAAGUGAAUUAUCACGAAGUGGAAUCUUUAAAGCACACCAUCAAACUUCUCUCAGUGGUCAAGUGGAAAGGACCAAAAAGCAGCAAACUGAAUUCUAAGUUUUGGAAGCGCCUGGUCUUUGAAAUGCCAGGGAAGAAAAAGGAGGUGGUGUCUCGGCGUCAGGUCCUGGAUUCUGCAGAACAGGGCCUUUUUGGAGACCUCCAGACUGUACCCUCUCUUGCUGUCACAGGCACUUCUGCCACGUUGGUAGAGUCGCGAGCUGAUUUAACUGAUUACCAUCAGACAGAUUCUGUGCAAAUGAGACAUUAUUGCAGAGGAUACGAAUACGAUGUGUCAGCAGCAACGUUGCCAAUAGCUUCCAUAAGUAACCAUCACACAUACUGUAACAUACCUUUGACACUACUAAACGGACAGCUACCUCUUAACAGUACCAUGAAGGAUCCCCAAGAGUUUCACAGGAACAACCCAUUGCUACCUUUAUCAGCACAGGAGCUUAGCCUCACCAGCGACAUUUGGUAGUGAAGAUCAGAACUCUUUUGAGACGCUUCAUAACUGCCAUGGAGACACAUUUUUAGAGAACUUUGCCCUAGCCCCAUGGGGUGUCAAAAUACAUUUGAAGCAGCGUCACACUUGCUUGCUUUUCUACUUGAACUUUUUUGUUUACAUUUGCAAAUUCUUGACAAAGGGGACAUUCUUUUUCUAAGCCAAUAAUGUCCUUCCUAUCUUUCAAUGUACAGUUUUAUCGGUCCUUUAAAAAGGAGGGGGGAGAACAAAAACACAUCCCAUCAUUUUACAGUAGGUUUACAAUCUGGGACGGAUACAUGUUCACUGUAUAUGAUCUCCAACAUCCAUAUUUAUGUAAUAGUAAUUGAAAUAUACAGAAGCUGUUGGGUUUUUUCAUAUACACUUCAGUACAGAUUGGAAAUUCUAGUAUCAUAUCAUGCUACAAAAAUGAUUAUCUCCUUUGUAGACCACAAGGGAUGAGCCAUUCUUAAAAGGAAGGAGGAGAAAACCUUCCCAGUAACAUUGUCUCAUAAAUACAUUUUAGAAGAUGACCAUCUCAAACAUUACAGAUGAAGAGCUACCAACUUUAUCAAUAAAGUGCAUAGUAAAAGUUACUGCAGAGUAAAUCACCUGCUCACAUCAGCAUCUCUUCAUUUUAUUAUUGAGGCAUGUUGUACUCCUAGUCAAUGGUUAGCAAUGUGUUUUUCUUAAGCAACUUAUUAGAAUAUUGGAGGAUGUUUAGAAGGAUUUUAAACAGUUUUUGUGUGGAUUAUAGAUUGUUUCACAUUUUUGCAGAUUUUUAAUGACUUUUUUUAAGGAAUUUAAGUAUAAAUUUGUCUGUCUGUUGGUGAAUCCAUUGGUUUGAAAUUUCUUAAGAGCUCUUGACUUGUUUUAAGAUUUGUAGUAAGGCAAUGUGAUUUUACGUAAGAUUUUUUUUUCCAAAAUCAAUAGUUGCAGUUUAAAAUGAACCUUUUACUGAGGAUGUCAGCAAUAGAAAAUAAUUACUACAGCAAUAUUCAGAAAUGAAGUGCUAAAUUUUUCAGGUUUACUAGUAGUCUGACUUUAAUUGCAGUGAUAAUCACCUGAGACAGUUCUCUCUCUGUUCAUCUACCUGUCAAUUUAUGUACCUUUUAAACAUGGCUGAAGCAGGAAUAUUUCUGCUCUCUGUGCAACUAGUAAAAGAGUGAUGUUUUUAAGUAGCUGGUGAGGUCUUGCAUUUCUCACUUUUGUGAGUGGUCCCAUCAGUAAAAGGAGGAUACAGAAAUUUAUCUUUCGUGGAAAGCAUUCUUGCUGUGCGUGGAUGACAAGCGUUAUACAGGUACUCAGCGUAACGCAUUACUACUCAGUGAGUUGAUUUUCUUCCAACCAGUAUGUUUCAUGAGGAUUUGCAUACUCAGGUGGUUAAGGGUUGCAGAGUUAAACCGUGGAGACAGCAGCAUACAGGUUCAAAAGUUCUAAAUAAUGAAGGCAGAGGCCAGUUUUGCAGUGUCUAGCAAAGCUUUAGUGAAAACACAGUAGACGUGAGAGUUUUGUCUCAGUAAGAUCUGCUGGAGCAAGUCCCCAAAACUAUUUUUAUGGCAGGCAGCCUUGCCUCUAUUUCAGUAUCUUUUUAGUGUCGCUGUCUUUGAUUGCAUGAGUAAAAGUUAGCACUCUGCUCACAGCUGCCUGUGGUUCGAUGAGCAAACGAGUCCAGUAAAUCCUUAACAUUUUGCAGUGGUUCUUAAAUUGUACCCUACAGUCAGAUGGAAACAAACACUGACCUAAGACUUAAAGAAUUCAGAAUGGGCCUAAAGGCCAUGAGAAUGAUUUCAAAUGUGCAAUAAUCCAUAGAGGUUCAGUAUUUUUUCCAUUGCUUCUUUCCCCAGUUCUUUAUUCUGUGGCCUCUUAUACCAGUAAUUAUCUGUAAGAUUUUCAUUAGGUUCUAAAUAAUAUGUGUUUCUCUGGGGUUUUUUUGGUUUGGGUUUGUUUGUUUGUUUGUUUUUAGUGUUAUGCAUUUGACACAAACACAGAACAUGGAAAUCUAGCAAUGAUAUUAAUUUAUUACACGAUAAAGAACUAUAACUUGCUCUUUUGUGAAGUUAAGUUCAGAACAUAUAGGUGUUUAAUAUACAUAUUUUUCUACCGAGAAAGUGAUUUUACUUCCAGUAUGAAUAUGUGUUUCAACUCCCUCCCAGAAAUUUAAAAAAUUUGCACUGUUUUAUAAGUGUUACAGACUGUGUUUACACUGGCUAUAUUCUUUAAUGCAAAGUGUAAUUAAAAAAAAAAAAACUAAAAGAAAACCUUGCAUGAAGAGAGUUGCAUAUGUUUAAAUGAAAAGCUGUACUUUUCAUUAUUUUCCUUUUCAAAAUAACUCUAAAAUCUGGUUAAUUCACAUAGGAUGUUCAGUGAGAUUUUAAACCUACUAGUUCUGUAUUAAGCAUGCAAACUCCAAAGAAAAGAAAAAAAAUCCAUAUUCCGGUUGGUCUGCUUCUUUUAUUUACAAUGAUUAAGUAUGGGUAGCAGAUUCAUUUACCUGGUGACAACGUGUCUCUUAGAGCAGUAGCUAUUUGAAAGCAAUCAUGUUUGCAUUGAAGUAACAUGAAAAGAACAGUUUUUCCUCUCAUUUUGCAGAACACAUCGUGUAAUAUCUAUGUAUCUCUAUAUUUUAGUUAUAGAUGACAACUCACAAUCUGCUUUAAGAUUUCAAAGUGUGUAUUGAGUACUGCGAGAAUAUAUACAUAAAUCCGAACCGGC